GCUUGAGCUGACGUCCCUCUCAGAGAGUCAGAUCGUCUUGGGCCGCUGGCGCGCCCUUACACAUCGAUACGCCAAGCAGGGGAUGCCGAACCUGGUUGACGAGCUCACGAAGAUGUUCGUCAGCGACGUUCGCAACCUGCUCCUCGUCGCAGGGUCGUCGACGAUGCAGAUCGACAGCCUCAUCUCGCGCACGCGGGACAACUUCCGCGCGGUCGUCGACGCCGCCAUCAAGCUCCGUGCCGCCAUCGGCGAGGACGUCAUCUCGUGCGACUUCGAGACCAUUCUCAUCCACCCUGGCGACGCGUUCGACGCCGCGAGCAUGGUGGAUGCGUUCGAGGGCGCUAAUGCCGCUGGCGUGAACUCGAAGAACGUGUUGUGCACGUCGGGGCUGGGCCUCCGGCGGUGCAAGAAGGUGAAGAUGGACGGGGACGCGAAUGCACAGUGGGAGGUAACGGUGUUACAGAAGCCGCAGGUAGUCCUCCAGUCCGCUAUUAGUCAGUGAUCCUAGCCGUAUGGUACUCAUGCUCCUAUGUUUGUUAUGUCUUAUGUUCAUUUAAGGAACACUUCUAUCCACGACGAACAGUUCUGAUAUCAUGAACUAGUGGUUAUGUGACAACAGUACGGCGCUAAGACACAAGACAAGCUAAUCGUCAUACCGGCUCCCUUCGAUCUCGUCAUAGACGAUGGAAAGCCCGCACUCGUGACCUAACUG